GCCUGCGCAGAAGGCGCCUAGCCCGGCAGCGAAGGGAGAGGCGCCGCUGGGGAGGCCGCGGCCCGCCGCCGGCCAUGCUGCAGCUGCGGGACUCGGAGGAGGGCGCCGGGCCGGCGCUGCUGGUGCCGGCGGCCGAGGCCGACGUGCCCUUCACGCCGCCGGGAGACGUGGACGCCUCGCUGGGGGCGCCCCGGCAGACGCUGCGGCCGCUGAACGUCCGCAACCCCACCCGCGGGGGGCGCCUGAAGGAGUACUUCGUCUUCCGGCCGGGCACUAUUGAACAGGCGGUCAACGAGAUCCGGGUGGUGGUGAUGCCUGUGGAGGACGGGGAGGUCCAGAGCGUCUGGCUGCUGACCGAGAUCGACCACUGGAACAACGAGAAGGAGCGCCUGGUCCUGAUUACCGACCGAUCCCUCUUGAUCUGUAAAUACGACUUCAUCAGCCUACAGUGCCUGCAAGUGACCAGAAUCUCGCUUAAUGCCGUCGACACCAUUUCCACGGGCCAGUUUGAGUUUCCUCCCAAGUCGCUCAACAAGCGAGAAGGCGUCGGGAUCCGAAUCCAGUGGGACAAACAGAGCCGGGCUUCGUUCCUCAAUCGAUGGAAUCCUUGGUCCAGCAACGUGCCCUACUCCACCUUUACCGAACACCCCAUGGCUGAUGCCGACGAGAAGAUCGCCUCUUUGUGUCAGUUGGAGAACUUCAAAACCCAGCUGGUUCAGGCCGUCAAGAAGGCCCACAGGGAAUGUCCUCUGCCAGGGCGGGCCAACGGCGUCCUGCUCCUGGAGAGACCGCUUCUGAUCGAAACCUACGUGGGGUUGAUGUCUUUCAUCAACAACGAAGCCAAGCUGGGCUACUCCAUGACCAGAGGGAAAAUUGGAUUCUGAAAAGCAGAGACGAGCUCACCGUCGCCCCCCCAGAAGAGUAGGGGGAAAAGAAAGCAAAAGCCCAUGGAUUUGUUUCCCCCCAGCUCGUCAAAAAUGUCGCUGAUCGUAAAGAAAAAAAAAUCCCGACGGAUUAAAAGGAGAGAGGAGUUGCCAUCACACCAAUCUUUCCUCCAAUCCUUUCGUGUGUCUCCAAUAAGACAAUUCUAUGUUUUCACGCAUGCUCUGGAGUUCUCCCCUCCCCGUGUACAUAUUAUCCUGGCUUUCCUUCUUGCGGGAUCGCUAAUUCUUUCCUGUGAUAGCUUGAGAGUGGCUAAUUCUUUCCCAUGGUUUAAAAGGGAUAGCUUGAGAAUACGGGGAGCUUGUUAGGGUCUGCCGAGUUGCAACUAAAUCAUCUCCUCUCCUGCGAGCAAAGCACGAAUUGAAACGGCUGGUCCACGUUUUAGACAACUUCCCCGCAGUCACACUAAAGACAAGUCACGCCAAGAACGACUUCUCACACGCCGUGAAAUCCUGCACAAUGGUGCUCGUUUCCUGGGAAUUUGGCGCCGCACAGAAUCCUGUUUUUGCAUGGAGUGGGGGGGGAAAAAAGGGAAUUUUCGAUCAGCUUUAAAGACAGCUUGUCAGUCCAAAAGCGGAGUACUAAAUUACCAAAGCCUGGGGUCUCGAAGCAAGAAUGUAAUUUUAGUCCAAAAUGUCCAGUUUUUCUCUCUUGGUUUUUAAAUCCACCCGGUGCUUAACGUGGGUGAAUCCUAGAGGUGGAAACUCAAAAGGAAAAUGUGAAAAUGAAAGAUUAUUGGCUCAUCCAGGCCAAAAGUCUUCAGACAAGAAAUAUAUAGGAUGGAAAUCUCUACUGCCACGUGGGGAACAAUCAUUUUAGAAGCAUGGAUGUACUUUUCAAUUUUUCCUAUUUAAUGUUUGCAUUCCUUAAAAUUUCUCAAGCAGGGCCUUUUUUAAGAUGGCUGGACUUCCAACUCCCAGGAUUCCCCAGCCAGCCAUAUUGGCUGAGGAAUCCUGGGAGCUGAAGUCCUGGACAUCUGAAAAGUGACCCGGCUGAGAAACACCGCCUUAAAAAUCUAUCCAGAACUGAAAUUUCUGCUUCCCAAACAAAGAUCCUCUUGAUACCUCUUUGUAAUUCGGCAUUCUCUCGGUAGCGUUCACGGCGGACAAAAAAAAAGGCCGCUGAGAUGACGCCGAGUGUGUGUCCUUGUUUGUGUUAUAAGUUGUGUAUACCGAAGCUUAAUAAAACUGAAGUCCAUAUGAAUCGCAGAAAGUAUUAAUCCAUAAA